GCAGAGUGGGUGAAAGGUGGGGGGACGAUUCGGAGAGAUCGAGAAAGAGGAGAGAGAGAGGGACGGGGGCGGGGCCGGCGGAAGCGGAGCCUGCGCCCGCCGGACCGAAUCCUCGCCGGAUCGCCCGGCCUGCCGGGGCGGCGCUGCGGACUGCCUGAUCCGGCUGGAAUGGCGGCGGGCCGACGAGGGAUCUAGCGGAGGUGGGUGUCGCGCGGCAAUGGCUGCGGCGGAGGCGCGGCGCCGGUCAGCGGUCUGGGCCCUGCUGCCGCUGCUGCUGCGGCUGCUCCACCCGGCCGCGCUCGUGCUGGCCAACACCGAAGGUGAUGCCUUGCAUAGCUUGAGGACUAACUUAAAUGAUCCUAAUAAUGUUCUACAAAGUUGGGAUCCCACUCUGGUCAACCCCUGCACUUGGUUUCAUGUUACCUGCAAUAAUGACAACAGUGUUAUCAGAGUUGAUCUUGGAAAUGCUGCACUAUCAGGAACUUUGGUUCCGCAACUUGGCCAGCUCAAAAACUUGCAGUACCUGGAGCUCUACAGUAAUAAUAUCAGUGGCACUAUACCUAGUGAACUUGGGAAUCUUACAAACUUGGUCAGUUUGGAUUUGUACUUGAACAACUUCACUGGUCCCAUACCAGAUUCAUUGGGGAAGCUAUUGAAGCUGCGGUUCUUGCGUCUUAACAACAACAGCCUUUCUGGUUCAAUUCCAAAAUCGUUAACUGCUAUCACUGCACUCCAAGUCCUGGAUCUGUCAAAUAACAAUUUGUCUGGAGAAGUUCCAUCAACUGGUUCCUUUUCGUUAUUCACCCCUAUCAGUUUUGGGAACAACCCUAAUUUAUGUGGUCCUGGCACCACAAAACCUUGUCCUGGUGCUCCUCCCUUUUCUCCACCUCCUCCAUACAACCCUACAACCCCUGUGCAAUCACCAGGAAGUAGCUCUUCCAGUACUGGAGCAAUUGCUGGUGGAGUGGCUGCUGGUGCAGCCUUGCUAUUUGCUAUUCCUGCAAUUAGUUUUGCCUAUUGGCGGCGCAGGAAACCACAAGAACAUUUCUUUGAUGUACCUGCCGAGGAAGAUCCAGAGGUGCAUCUUGGCCAGCUUAAAAGAUUUUCACUACGAGAAUUACAAGUUGCAACAGAUGGCUUCAGCAAUAAGAACAUUCUUGGAAGAGGUGGAUUUGGCAAAGUCUACAAAGGACGGCUGGCAGAUGGAUCUUUAGUUGCUGUUAAGAGACUAAAGGAGGAGCGCACGCCUGGUGGAGAAUUACAGUUUCAAACAGAAGUUGAGAUGAUUAGUAUGGCUGUACACAGAAAUCUAUUGCGUCUUCGUGGAUUCUGUAUGACACCAACAGAAAGGUUGCUUGUGUAUCCAUACAUGGCUAAUGGAAGUGUUGCGUCACGUUUAAGAGACCGACCACCAGCUGAACCUCCGCUAGAUUGGCAAACAAGACAAAGGAUUGCAUUGGGUUCUGCUAGGGGCCUGUCUUAUUUACAUGAUCAUUGUGAUCCAAAGAUUAUUCAUCGUGAUGUCAAAGCUGCAAAUAUUUUGUUAGAUGAAGACUUCGAAGCUGUGGUGGGGGAUUUCGGUUUGGCCAAACUAAUGGAUUACAAGGAUACCCAUGUAACUACUGCUGUUCGAGGAACAAUUGGGCACAUUGCACCUGAAUACCUUUCAACAGGAAAAUCCUCUGAGAAAACUGAUGUAUUUGGCUAUGGAAUUACUCUUUUAGAGCUUAUUACAGGACAACGUGCCUUCGAUCUAGCUCGUCUUGCUAAUGAUGAUGAUGUCAUGCUUCUUGACUGGGUCAAGGGGUUGCUCAAGGAGAAGAAACUGGAGAGUCUGGUCGACGAAGAUCUAGACCACAACUACAUCGAUGUCGAGGUGGAAUCUCUGAUCCAGGUGGCGCUCCUCUGCACUCAGAGCAACCCCAUGGAACGUCCUAAGAUGUCGGAGGUUGUGAGGAUGCUUGAAGGCGAUGGUCUCGCCGAGAGGUGGGAGGAGUGGCAGAAGGUAGAAGUGGUACGGCAAGAGGUUGAGCUAGGCCCUCAUCGAACCUCGGAAUGGAUUCUCGACUCCACCGACAACCUCCACGCUGAACAGCUGUCAGGGCCGAGGUGAAGGCAAGCUUGAGAUCAGACUCCCACUAAUUCUGGUACGGAGGAGUAUUUUGCAAGGGCACAAUAGAGAUGUGUAUCAAUCAUCCUAGUAAAAAAAAAAUCCACCAAUUUGUUAAUAUACCAGUCAGUGGGUGAAGCGAAGAUUGGCAGCCAUGGCUUUGGAUGUAUAUUGCUUGAUGUGGUCAGCCAUGCCUUUUGAGUUCUUCUAUGCCAGGGCAGCAGAGCUGGAGGAGCUUAUGUCAUGUGCAGUUGCCGCAUGCGCCAAUGCUCCUGUGUUUGUAAAGGUCGGAGCUGAGGUGCUGCGGCUAUCAUCUGGGUCCGCGAUAAGUUAAUUGUACUGAUAGUUGAUAUCUAACUACUAUUUUGUGUAUCAAAUGAAAAUGUUGGAACUAAAGGAUCGGAUAGUAUAGGUGUCUUAUGAACCUGUUCUGGCUGGCAAAAUUAACCAGAAAUAUGGAUUUGCCACUUCAAC